CCGGACGUCGCUAAACACGGCACUCGGGAUACCCUUGCCUGUCCUUGUCUGCCCUUGUCUGCCCUUGCCUGCCCUUCCCUGCACUGUCCGUACUGGCCGCUUCUCGAGGUCACACGCAGGGCAGCAGCACAUCGGAAGGAUCGUGCAGUAGCAAGCUCGGACUGGCAAAGGUGGUUGGCACUCCAUGGGAGAGCAGUUGUGCUAUCGGAAAGAAGUUGUGCAUUUAACAUUUAAGCGGGCGGGCGCGAGGAGCAACUGGCGCAAUCCUCCACGGUAUCGAUCAGUCAUCGUCCCUGGGUGGGAGCCAUAGCACGAUCCGUAGCUACCGGGUAGCAACAGUGUGCGGAGGUGGAGGAGUCAGUAGAACGACUACAGUCUCUGAAUCGUGAGAGGUGUAAAGCAACAGAGAGCGAUUAUCCGGCGAUCUGCGCGGUUAUCCGUAGCUCCGCGUUGUUGGGAGCGAUUAUCAAGUCGCGCGCAGAGAGCGAGAGUGAUCGAGCGAGUGAGGGGGGAGGAGGGGGGGGGCGGGGCGCGCAGGAGCAGAGAGCGCGAGCGAGCGAGCGAGUGAGAGUGUGUGUGUGUGUGUGUGUGUGUGUGUGAGAGAGAGAGAGAGAGAGGAGAGGUGAGUGUUCACGAUGUUUGCUGCUUUAGGUUCGUGCGUGGCGUCAUGCUGCGCGGUGUGCGCGUGCGAGGCGUGUAAGGGGGUUGCGGGGGGUAUUACCCGGCGAUCUGCGCGGUUAGCUUAUUGCGGGAUUUUCUUCUUUGCGCUGUUAACGUCAUGGGUGCUGAGAGAUUUCGCGGAGCCGGUUUUGGAGAAGAUCCCUUGGAUAGAUACGAUGGGAUUGAAGCCGAGCAAGGAGUGGUACGGGACGCAAGCAGUUCUGCGCGUGACUCUCGGCAAUUUCCUGUUCUUCCUCCUCUUCUCCAUCUUGCUGUGCGGGGUGAAGGACAAGCGCGAGGUCCGUGACGGUUGGCAGCACGGCGGAUGGAUGCUGAAGUUUAUCCUGUGGAUUGCAAUUAUCGUGAUCGCCUUCCUUGUCCCUAACAGCGCGGUACACGUGUAUGGACACUUGGCGCGCUUUGGAUCGGGGGUGUUCCUCCUCAUUCAGGUGGUCCUGCUGCUGGAUUUCAUGUACACGUGGAACGAGUCCUGGGUCUCGGCGGAUGAUGAGCGAUGGUUAUACGGUUUGUUCGGUGUGUCGGCUCUGAGCUACAUCUUAACGGGCGUGCUGGCGGGACUGCUGUUUUAUUGGUUCAAUCCCGCUGGCGAGGACUGCCAGCUCAACAUCUUCUUCAUCUCCUUCACGCUCUUUCUCACAGCCGCCAUCUCUGUCCUUUCCGUCCACCCAUCGAUCAACGGCAGCCUCCUGCCUUCAUCCAUCAUCACACUCUAUUGCAUGUACCUGUGCUACAACGCGUUAGCGAGUGAGCCCCGAACCUACGAGUGUAAUGGAUUGGCAAAGCACUUGAAUGCUGUGUCUAGGUCGACGUUGCUGAUGGGAGUGACCACGACGAUGCUUGCUGUUGUGUACUCAGCAGUGAGGGCGGGAUCCUCCACUUCUCUCUUCUCUCCUCCGGACUCGCCGACGGUCGGCGGCGCAGACACGGAACCGAUGCUGGCACCGAACCGGGUUGCGAUGGGAGACGGAAAGGAUGCUGGCGGCGACGAGGAGGAGGGAACCUCCUCCGUUUCCUUCCGAAGAAGGCGCAGAGACGACCCCCAUCCUGUAUCCUAUAACUACUCCUUCUUCCACAUCAUCUUCGCCCUCGCUAGCAUGUAUAGCGCGAUGCUGCUCACCGGUUGGGGAAGGGAGGCGACAGAAGGGACGGAGAUCAUCGACGUUGGGUGGACGAGUGUCUGGGUCAAGAUGGGAUCCCAAUGGGUCACUGUCCUGCUUUAUGUCUGGUCUCUGAUGGCGCCGCUCAUCUUUCCGGAUCGCGACUUCUCUUAGCCUCGACUCAACUUGACUUGACUCGACUCGACUCGUGUCUCAGAGUAAGUGCUCACUUUUUGAGUAUAUAGGAUGUAUCUGACCGCAAUUACGGCCAGAGUUGAAUGAAUAUAACCGCAAUUACGACCAGAGUUGAAUGAAUAUAAUCGCAAUUACGGCCAGGAGUGCACAGUUGAAAAGAAAGUUCCGUGUGGGUAACGAUUAUAUGCCCGCAAUCUCGUUUCACGUUGUAAAGAGGGUAGGAUAGGGUUAGGUGUUUUCACACUACUUCGUGAGACUUUCCGGAACGUAUCUGGACACAUUUUGGUCAAAUGCAUCCUUCGCAAGUCCUGUACCUGUGCGAGUAAUGAACUGCUGACUGUACUUUCAUCUUGUUGGAAUUGUCAUUGCUGUGUUUGCUNGAACUGCUGACUGUACUUUCAUCUUGUUGGAAUUGUCAUUGCUGUGUUUGCUUGAAGGUGUGUAGAGGUCGCGAAGGUGUGUAUAGGUCGCGACUACGUAGAGGCGCCUGAGUCACGGGAAAGUAAAAGAGACUUGAUUAUGAUGAA